UAGGAUGCAAUGUUCGUUCAGAUAACAUAUGGACAUUGUUCGUUCAUAUGACAAGAUAAACAAAAUAAACAUUUUGUUACAUGAUUAACGUUUGAGAGUAGACCAGGUGUUCAAAAGUCGUCUUCCAGAACCUUUGCACAACACGUGGCAAAACGUAAAGUCUCAGAUAACAUGCGGACAUAUUUCGUGGAAAUCACCACCGCGACUUCUAUAAACAGGACACAAUCACACAUACAGCAGAGGUAGGAAAGCUGAGCAGCAUGAGGUGUUAACCCUAACACAUAAAACAAGAUGCUCCGAGCGGUAGCUUUCCAAAAUUUUAUAAAGUUUCGGAAACAUCAAUCCCUGGAAUUUCAGGAUGGACCUAAUUUCAUUGUCGGACCGAAUGCAAGCGGGAAAAGUGCCAUUUUUGAACUGAUCAGGCGAUGUGAUUCAAAUACUGCGAACUCUUCAAUUUCGACAGUAGCAGACAUAAAUAAUGAUGCUUUUGUGAUAUGCAAAUUUGAAAUAAGGCAGAAAUUAUCAGACAAACUUCCCAAAGGAUGUCAUGUUUAUUCAUGUGUCUUUAUACCGCACUCGGACUCCAAGGAAAUGAACAAACCUGCCGCCAAGGAUACCAAGCAAAUGUACAAACUUGUUUGUAUCACUUAUACGGACAAAAAAAGAGAAAAAUGUUAUCUUGAUCACUAUCCCAGUAUUGAUAAAAAAGUAAUUUCCUUUUGUAAUGAUAGCACCAAACUGUCAUGUGAAUUAGACGGUCUUAUAAAGAGUGGCAUUUCGGAUGUUAAAUUGGAUGACUUGAUACAGAAAUUCAAGGAAUUGGAAUCAGAGUCUGAUAUCAGUGAAUGUGAAUCUGUUCUCCAGGCUAUACACGGUGCUGUUGUCGUAACCUUUCCCAUACGUUCUCCGGGACCCAUUCAAUGGAGCCAUAGUAGAAACAUUGGUGAAGGAAAUGAGCAUUACGACGCAGCCUCAAACAAGGCGGAGAUACUUCAAGAGCUGCUGGAAUCUGAAGAUGUCGAUAUGGAAAAAGCAAACCAAAUAUACCAGACAAUUAUUCGUCCAUUGAAAUACAAAUUCGAAAUGGAUGGAAAGUCACGAAUUACUGUUAAUGAUGGUGAAACAGAUAUACGAUUUCUGAAAGUACCGGAAGGAAUCAUAGAAGCAAAACAGUUUGCAUUGAUGUAUGCACACCGGAACUAUCAAACAUUAGUGUUAGAGGAACCGGGCCGAGGUAUGCACCUCCACAUGAUUCAGAAGUUACGGGACCUAGUGUUCCGGACGCACACCAAGGACCAAGGAAAAGUGUUGUUGCUAACCACCCAUCAUACAGCGAUGAUCAACCACUGGUCAAUGUCCCGAAUGUUCAUUUGUAGGAGAACGAGGAAUGCCGACGGUAUAGUGGAACACCGCGUUGUCAAAUUGAAUGAAAUAAAAAAAAUCUAUGAAUUGGAGGACAUAUUGAAGGAAAUGGUGUUCUCUGAAGCUAUACUGUUUGUCGAAGGUUUCACAGACAAAAAGGUUAUUCGAUCAGUAUUUGAUCGGGUUUUGGAGGCAGAACAUAUUGUUGGAUUAACCGAACCUCAGCUGACCGAUUUUCAGCAAAUGGCUGCUAGAACUCAAAUAAUUUCUAUCGGCGGAUCAAGUAAUCACGAGAGAAUCACAACUCUAACAGAAAUUAGUGAAAGACUAAAAAUACCAUGUACGUUCCUCUUUGACAGGGACAAAAAGUUUCACUGUAAGGCGGAACUUCAUCUAGCAGAGCAUGAUGCAAACCGGAAAAAUAAGGCGCGUGAUGCAAACUGGAAAAAAAGUACGCAUGAUGCAAACCGGAAAGAUAGGGAGCGUGAUUCAAACUGGAAAAACAAGGCUUCGUUCUGCGCUAGAACUCUUUUCAAAAGAAGGAGCGAAUAUUGCAAAGAAAACCCAGGCGAAACCGGAGAACAAAAAGUCGAAAGCGACAACUUUGAUGAUGUUAUGAAGGUUCUUCUCAAUAUGAAAAACAAUGAUGAACGAUACGUAAAUGGAAAGCAUGAGCUGGGCUUUGAAGGAGACAUUGAGGAAGUCGAAACAACCAAGGUAAUAUCGUUCAUUAGACGUGUUGUAUUGCCUGAACCUCUAGAACAGGAAGCAGAAAAAAACACAGAAGAAGACGCAGAAAAAACCCAAUUCAUAUGGAAAUCUGGACAUCUUGAGGAUGUAAUUUGCAAAAGUAUCUUGGGUGACCAGACAGAAGUACAACAGUCGACCGCAUCAACAUCAAAUCAAACUGACUUUGACGUGGCUUUCCUAAUAAAAAUGUUUGUGUGUAAAGAUCAUGAAGGUAAAAAUCCUAUAAAAGAGACACUCAAACAUAUGAAUAUCCAAACAGCUCAAACACUUUCAACAUAUCUGCUGAAAAGAGGUGAAAUGAGAACAUUUUUGCAAUUUCUGUCAGACAUCGAAAAGCCAAAUCUGAAGAUAAAAACAACUAAAUAGAUAAACGAUGAAAAAC